AUGCCUCCAAAGGAGAAGCCGAAGGAGGAUACGAUGGAUUUCUCUCUGAAAGAAACUUCCCCUGAUAUCGGCGGCCGCAAGUCCCUAACCACAAUCAGCAACGACAAGCUCACCUUAGUCGAGCAGCGCCACUUCCUCUACGUCAGGAUCGUCAGAGCCAACCUCAAUCCGGUCGACGACCCAGAAACCUGCUUCCUCCACCGCCCCUUCGUCGAGCUCAGAAUCGGCUGCCACCGAGCAGCGACCCGGGUGCUCGAGGACCCGACCCACAACCCGGAAUGGAACCAGGUCUUCGCCUUCGCCAAAGACGCCGGCCGGCUUCAGGGGAACCUCCUGAAAAUCCUCGUUAAAGACGCCACCAGCCAGGGGAAAAUUCACGGAUUGGAGGACGGCAACGGGCAGCGAGUAGCCGGAGAGCUGAUGGCCGCCGUCUGGAUUGGAAACCAAUCCGACGACGCCUUCUCCGUCGCAUGGCACUCCGGCGACGGCGACAGCGUCGCCCACACGCGCGCCAAGGUGUAUCAUUCCCCUAGGCUGUGGUACCUCAGAAUCCAACUGAUUGGCGCUCAGGAUUUGUCAAUUCCCGACAUUAACAACAGAAGACGUCCCGAAAUCCACGUUAAAGCGGUUUUAGGGCAAAUGGUCCUGAAGAGCAGGAUCAUUUCCCCUGACAGGAAUCCUACUACCACCACUACUACCCUAAACCCUUCCGAAGAGCUCGUAUUCGUCGCGGCAGAGCCGUUCGACGAUCCCUUGAUCCUCAUUGUCGAGGACCGAGCGAUCGGGUUCAACAUCGGUCGUUCUGUGCUCGAUCUCGAUAGGCUGGAGAGGAGGAUUCUGCCGGUUCCUGCUACGGGAGAGAAGUGGAUCAACAUAGAGAGAGUAGAGGCCGGAAAUGAUGAGAAGAAGGGAGCAGUCAAGCUCUGCGGGAGGCUUCACUUGAGGGUUUUCCUCGACGGGGUGUACCACGUCUUCGACGAACCGACCAACUACUGCAGCGAUCUCAGGGCCACUUCCCCCAAGCUGUGGCCCGAAAAGAUCGGGACUCUAGAGCUCGGAAUCCUGAAAGCACAAGGAUUGGUGCCGAUGAAGUCCAAGGAAGGCGGGCGGGCGUCCACGGACGCUUACUGCGUGGCGAAAUACGGGCCGAAGUGGGUCAGGACAAGUACUGUUCUAGACAGCUUCGCGCCCAAUUGGAACGAGCAGUACUCGUGGGACGUCUACGAUCCUUGCACCGUGAUCACCAUCGCGGUGUUCGACAACUCCCAACUAGGAAACACCAACGACAAUAACAAGAACAAGAACAAGACCACUGCUCCUUCCGAUUCAAGAAUCGGGAAGGUUCGAAUCCGGCUCUCCACGCUGGAAACGAAUCGGAUCUACACGCUGUCGUACCCUCUAAUCGUGCUACAACCUAACGGGGUGAGGAAAACAGGGGAGCUUCACUUGGCCGUCAAGUUCAAUUGCAACUCUGUAGCCAACCUGCUGCAAACCUACGCGCAGCCAUUGUUCCCGAGAAUGCACUACAUCAAUCCGCUGUCGUUUUACCAGAUGGACGGGCUGAGGCACCAGGCGGCCUACAUCCUGUCGUCGAGGCUAGGCAGGGCGGACCCGCCGCUGAACAAGGACGUGGUGGAGUACGUGCUGGAUUCCGUGGUCAAUUUGUGGAGCCUCAGAAAGGGGAAAGCCAACCUGCACAGGUUCAUGGCCUGCUUCAGCUUCCUGUCGCGGAUUUACAGAGCGUUCGAUUGGAUUAAAGGAUGGAACAAUCCAUCUGUCACACUUUCUUUCUACGUCCUGUUCUUGAUCCUGGUUCAUUUCCCCGGACUCAUCCUGCCUUGUGUGUUUAUGACUCUUUUUUUGGCAUGCGUUUCGGGGUAUCCUCGUCGGCCCAGGCACCCUCCGCACAUGGACAUAAAGAUGUCACACGCGGAGGAUGCAGGGUUCGAUGUGCUAGACGAGGAAUUCGACACGUUCCCCACGUCGAGGCAAGGGGAGGUGGUGAGGAACAGGUAUGACAGGAUGAGAGGGAUUGGCGGCAGGGUGAUGCUGAUGGUUGGGGAUGUGGCGACGCAGAUGGAGAGGGUGCAUUCGUUGUUCGGCUGGAGGGAUCCGAGGGCGACGAUUCUGUUCUUGGUGGUGUGUUUGGUUUGUUGCGCGGUGGUGUACAUUUGUCCGGUGAGGUACUUGGUGGUGUUUGGAGGGAGCUAUGCGAUUCGGCCGCCGAGGAUGAGGGUUGCUGCUGUGCCGUCGCUGCUGCAUAAUUUCCUCAGGAGGCUUCCUUCCAACGCGGAUUGCAUGCUGUGA